GCUGUUUAGAACCCAGAUGAAGAGUAAACCAAUACACUUUUCUAGAAAAAAGCUUUAGCAGAGACUGCGUUGGUGAUUAUUUUUUUUUGAAGGAGGCUACGUUUGUUCUAAGGUAGCAUUAGCUUCUCUAUACAUUUCACACAGCCAGUUGAAUUUGUUAUUUUUGUAGCGACGUUAACUAAAACAUUGUCCGUGUCGAAGUGAAGUGUUGAAAACAUGGCCGAGAGCGACUGGGACACAGUGACGGUGCUGAGGAAGAAGGGGCCCACGGCUUCCCAGGCCAAAUCGAAACAGGCUAUUGCGGCUGCUCAGAGACGUGGGGAAGACGUUGAGACGUCCAAGAAAUGGGCUGCAGGGCAGAACAAACAGCACCUCGUGACCAAGAACACGGCCAAACUGGACCGAGAAACUGAAGAGCUGCAUCAUGAGAGAGUGAGCCUCGAUGUGGGGAAGGUCAUUCAGAAAGGCCGGCAGGACAAAGGUCUGACCCAGAAAGACCUGGCCACUAAAAUUAAUGAGAAACCACAAGUCAUUGCCGACUAUGAGACUGGAAAAGCAAUUCCCAACAACCAGGUCCUGGGCAAGAUCGAGCGAGUAAUUGGAAUGAAACUGCGAGGAAAGGAAAUUGGCCUACCCCUGGAGCCAAAGCCCAAGAAGAAAUGAAGAUAAAGCCUCGAAAUCAGCCCUCCCUCACCCCGUCACUGAAAUCUUCCCCUCCUCCCCUCCUCCACCUGGGCUGAUCUCACCUGUGUCCUGCCUGAGGACCUGGUGUUCCACUGCAUCACAGGCUGCAAACUAACAAAUCAUCUGUAACACAACACUCUUCUGACAAAUAGUCCGACAUAAUCAGAAGAUAAGCAUUUUUUUUAGCAUCACAGGCUAAAAUGUUUCAUAUGCUUAGGCUUCGGCAUAACGGCCGCAACUCCUCCGUCACGGUACAGUUGUGAAGUCGUGACCAAAGCUCGACUAAUUCGGAGCAUGACCGUAAUUCAAAAGAGAUACGACUGUAUCUUUUUCCUGUCUCUUAAAGCAGUGAGUGAAUGUCAUCAUAUUCUUUUAAGGCUGUGCUUUGUUUUGAUUUAAAAAUAAAGUUUGGCACCGCAUGACUUUCA